UACCAUAUUCCUUUUGUUGUGUGAUGGUGAUGGUGCGGUGUGGAACUUCUUUCGCAGAAUAUUACACCCAAAAUUGCAGAGAAAAUGCAACAACAGCCGGUAUCAUCCAACUUGGACCAUCAGAUAAUAACAACUAAUCAUGAUCUUAGCCAACUUGUGCCGUCAUUUCUCGGACAAUCCAUCCAGGCCCAGCAGUCAGCGUCGACCCAAGGAAAUGCGGCUCAAAAUGUCGCUGCGAGUACGGUUCUUGUCAGUGCGUACAGCAUGUCCCCGAUGAUGAGCGCCGCCGGAACUCCCCGCAUGAGUUUUGCUGGGAGUAUGGUUUCACCGAAUACGUCAGCUCCUCCUUCGGCAGCUGCAGCAGCAGCGGCGGGAGGUGGUGGUAUUCCUUUGCCCCUAAUGUCUCCGGUCGGAAUGCAUGGCUUGCCGACUGGUCCACGAACGCCUGAUGGACAACCUCUGCUUUCCCCGAUGGGUGCGUUCCCUGGCUACCCCUACCAGGCCGUCUUGCCACCCCUGGAGUCUCCUACCAGCCUUCUCCAGGCCAGGCUACAACACUCCCCAGGAUUUCCCUUCCCUCAACAGGGAACCAUGCAUCCACAACAAGUCUUCUUUCCUGGGCCCUAUGAGGACCAGGGGACUGGCCAGAGGGUGCCCACUAUUGACAAGAUGUCUUGGCUGGAUGCUGCAGAGAUUAUCUUAGAGGAAGCCCAACAGCCCUUACAUCUCAAAGACAUUAAGCAAAGGAUCGUAGAACAGGGACUGGUUGGUCCUAAUGCAAGGUCCAGUCUAGAGACCCUCAUGUACAGGGACGCACAGAAAGGCAGCAAACGAUUUGUUAAAUUGGAUGAACUUCUGGGAGUCUUCAGACUUAUGACACCUGAGGAGAAAAAGGCUGCCAGGAAAACCAACAAGAAAACCCCCAAGCAAGCGACCCCAAAGACAACCUCCCCGAAAACGACCGUUGCGACCACGGUCACAACCACUACAACAGCGCCAACAAUAUCACCAACAGCCACAACUGAACCCACAACAGUGACUAGUCCGACUGCUGCAGCUCAAGCCGAGAGGAACGCCAAAUUUAAGAGGAAGAGCCGAAACCUAAGACGUCUUAUCAAGGCCAUGGUCUUUGAGAAUGCUGCCCUCUGUGAUGAAGUGGCACGCACCGAAGCAAAGCUGCCUAGAGCAAGAGCAGAACGGCGGUUCCUCCUUCUGCGACUCCUUCACUACCAAGCCUUGACCGGGAAGCCCCUCUUGGACAAUGACCAGCAGCCAGCGGUCAAGAAGGAGACGAACACAAAGGAGAAAGAGGCAGAAAAGACGAAUAGGAAGGAGAAGACAGAGAAGGUUGCAAGGAAAGAUAAGGAUAGGGAGAGAAAGAAGGACAAGAACAGGCAUAAGCACAAGAAGAACAAGAAAGGAUCUAAAGAUGGUGAUAAGAAAUUAGAAGCGAAUCAACUCAAGAAGAAAAAGCCAAGUAGUAGUCUGAAAAGACACAUCUUACCCAUACCUAUGAAUGAAGAAGGUCAGCCAAUCUUCCCCAUUGUUCUGGGAAGCCUGACUGUCCACUCCCUGGGGAAGGUCAUCCCGGACAAGGUCACCUUCCACUCGGACCGAUUCAUCUACCCCGCUGGUUUCCAUAGCACCCGUAUCUAUGGCAACAUGGAUGACCCCAAGAAGAAGUGCGUUUACACCUGCAAGAUUAUUGACAAUGAAGGGGAAGCCAAGUUUGAGAUCUCUGAUGACCAAACACCACCUACCAUCCUGAGUGCAAACACAGCUACAAAGUGCCAUCGGAAAUUACUUCAGGCCGUCAAUAAAGCUUUUGGCGAGGACAUUGUCAACGAGUCCCGGGACCGGUCCCAAGAGUUCUUUGGCUUCUCCCACCCCACCAUUCAGAACCUGAUCCAGGGCUUAGCCGGAGCGACCCAGUGCAUGGCCUACCGGUGGCUACGGUUCGAGGAAUGCAAACCAGAGGAAAGAGAGAAGAUUGCUCACUGGUAUGAGAGCGACCCGACCGUCUGCUACGAGGCUCUUUGUAAUGCAUACAAGAAAAAGAUGGAUGACAAACAAGCUGCAGCUAUAGCUUCCACAACUACCUCCGCGCCACCAACGUCAUCAACAUCAGCAACCUUCCCAACGUCGAUGUCAUUGACCGGCUCGAUGUCAUCAAGCGCUUCUAUGUCAUCGGCCACCAUGCCCGUUACACCUGUAGCGUCACCAUCAGAAAGUCAUAAUCUAAGAUCGUUGCUUACCUCCGCUCCCAUUGUCAGCCUGCAGCCUUCGAUGUCAGCAAGACUGGACAGUUUCUCGGGAAAUGAAGGGAAGUGAUGGCACUCCCACAGGUGUAUAUUUACUUGGCCUCCAGGCAGUUAGACCUCUUUUCAAAUAGGCUAAUGCCACUUGGGCUAAUAAUGAUCCGCUUUUAUGCAGUGCUGAAAUUCAUUGGAAAGACAUCCGUAAGAGCUUUACAGAUAUAUUAUUACCAGUCAUCGGAUCCUGGCAUGCCAGCUUAAUGUGUAUGCACCUUCUCCACUCCCUAGGGAGCAUUCCAACAUGAGUUUCAAGACUCAUUUAAUAGGCAUACCGGUACUUCAUUAGGCUUUCGCAUCCUACUGUUAACCUGUUUAACUCCCGGUUGGAGAGUGGCAACGUGUGGAUUAAUGUCUUGUUAAAGGACACUAGACCAUGGUAGGAUUUGAACACAUAACCCUAUGAUUACUAAGCAAAGUUGGAACCACUACACCACUAUGCUUCCACAUAUGUUCACUUGGUCUGCAAGCAGUACAUAUAGUUCUCAGAUAGUCUAAUACAACAUCUGAUAAACCCAUUUGGUCUAAUAUCAAUUUGGUUUAAUGGACAUUUGGGCCCGAAUUCACAAAGGUGGGUUUGAAAACCCACGGUUGAGUCCAUGGUUUAUGCAGAUCUCCUGUAUAAAUUAAGCCUAAUUUAGCAUGUAUCGGGCGCGUGUAUAAAAAGUGUCCAAUGCUGAUGCGCACUUUUGUCACAGUGCGCCAAAUUGACGCCUGUUGCCAUGGUUAUCUACCCUAUUUUAUUCAUGAGUCCACUGGAACCACCUUUGUGAAUUCGGGGCUUGGUGUACAACACACUUGGUUCCAUAAUCAAUAUGUCAUAAGGGGUGUUGCAAGAAAAUAUUUGCAAUCAAUUGCAAAUAUUCUGUUGCCAUUUUACAAUUGAUAGAUCAAUUUUUACUGCAGCAAAUGAGAUGAAAUGCCUUGUUUCAAGAAGCAGAUAAGCAAUCAAUUGCAAAUUUGCAAUUAAUUUCCAGACUUAUGAUUGAUUUAGGGAACAA